AUGGAAGAGGAGGGAAAGCCCCCAGGCCAAGCCGCGCAGCGCACUUGGGCAUUUGGGAACACUCGGCCUGGAGAGAUCAGCGUGAUUGUCUCGGAACAGAAUGGGGAGGAUCUCUUACGCCGGAAGGUUAUCACGGGCAAGGAGGGGAGGCAAAGCUUCGGUGGAAACACAAGGCUGGACCCGAAAGCCCCCCAGCGGAAGCAACGUUCUCCGUUUGGGUCACCUGAAUUGAGCCAGGCCCGUCAUGAACUCCUGAGCUCCGCCCGUCCCCUCCCCGCAGUUGAUAUUCGGACCGUUCGCACCGGUGUAGCUUGUCAGGCAAGACGCUUCUUCCAAGGCGUGUCGGGAAAGCACUUUGCGACCAUGGGCCUAGGUGUAUUGGACGUGAAAGAUACCCAUGUACCCGGUACCUCCGAUAUUUAUGAUCGUGACGAUCUGUCCAUAAAUGAUCUCGACACGUCAAGGCUGAAACAUGAUUUGACGACCAAGGAGCCUACGAUUCUGGUGCCUCAGCCGAGCGACGACCCCAAUGACCCAUUGAACUGGCCGCUAUGGAGGCGUGAUAUGAUCUUGGCCAUCUUGUCGUUUGUGACAGUCCUCUGCACGACAUUAAGCUCGAUCUUGGCGGCAAAUACGGUCCACAUUGCGGCGAUUCAAAACAUCACCUACGUCGAUGCGGCCUUGCUGACUGGAUAUCAUCUGUGCGGCGUGGGCGUUGCCGGAAUUCUCAUCGUACCGACGGCGCGAGUCUGGGGCAAACGCCAUCUGUUUCUCCUCGGCCAUGUCUUGAUGAUCGCCAGUUGUGCCUGGGCGGGCGCCAGUGGGACCAACCACAAGAGUCUGCUCUGGGCCCGGAUCUUCCAGGGCGUAGCUCUGGCGCCUUUUGAGGGACUGGUGAAUGCUUGCGUUGGAGAUCUCUAUUUUGUCCAUGAACGAGGCAAGCGGAUGGCCGUCUCCAACGUUGCUCUGUUUGGAGCUGCCUUCCUGACUCCCGUUAUUGUCGGCAAAAUGACGGUGAGCAUCGGUUGGGAGUGGUCAUUCUACUUUGUCGCCAUCUUCCUCGCCGCGUCGUUGCCCCUGAUGAUCUUCCUGGUGCCCGAAACAGCGUACCGACGGGCAGAUGAUCUCAACAUCGACCUCAAGCGCGAAUCUGCCAGGGGCUCAUCGACCGAGUCGCACAUGGCGCUCCAUGACGAAUCAAAGCUCCCGGGUUCCGAAGCUACGGCCGAGUCUGGUACCAAGCAAACCAAAAUCAAUGCGGCGCCGAUUCCCCCAAAGGACUCCUUUCUCAGGUCUCUUCGACCUUUCACCGGGCGAAAGACGGAUGAAAGUUUCUGGAAGCUUCUCCUGCGGCCUUUCCCUCUCUUUUUCCAUCCAGGAAUCUUAUGGGCGUGUCUGAUUCAGGGCGUGGUUAUUGGGUGGACUGUGCUGAUUGGUGUGGUCCUUGCACUGGUCUUUCAAGGUCCACCACUCUGGUUCCACGUAGACGAAAUUGGCUACCUCUACAGCGGAGCCUUUAUUGGAUCUCUGAUCGGUCUGGUGCUUGCAGGGGUCUUGACUGAUGUUAUCACAAAAUUCAUGGUGAAGCUCAACCAUGGCCGAUACGAGCCCGAGUUCCGUAUUGUACUGGUGGUCUUCCAAUUAAUCUUUGCCUGCAUGGGACUGUACGGGUUCGGAUGGACAGCCAGUGACACGAUGAAAUACCAUUGGGUGGUUCCUGAUGUUUUCUUUGCGCUGUUGAUUAUUGGGAUGGUCAUUGGAGCAGUGGCCGCAUCUCUUUACAUCGUGGACGCUCACCGCGAGAUUGCCAUUGAGGCCUUCACCUGCCUUUUGAUUUUCAAGAACAUGUUCAGCUUUGUGCUCACAUUCUUCGCCUACGACUGGAUGGCUCGCGGAGGAUCCAAGCGCACCAUGAUCAUCCUCGGCAGCAUCCAGGUGGGGAUUUGCUGCCUCAGUAUCCCCAUGUAUAUCUUUGGCAAGUGGAACCGCGCUUUCUUUGCGCGCCACGACAUUCUUGAAAUGCUCCGCCUUCGCUGA